UAUCCAUACGCAUGUGAUGUGUAAACACGUUUAAAAGUUUUAAAACAUCGUGAAAAUUUAAACCAGUUUGCACCAGUUGAAUCAUGGCCGACACUGAUAGUUUAAAAUGUUUAACGAUGGAACAGAUACAAGAAGCUUUUGAUAAAACAUUGAACAAUUUUAAAGAGCCGGGAGUCAGACUGGUCCUUAUAACAGAAAAAUAUGAAGAGGUCGCUUUGAAGUUUGCACGAGAACAUUAUAUAGCUCAGGAACCAAUGAACAAGGGUUUUGGAGUGACGUGGACAGAUGACGUUGAAGCGUUCUUCAAGAGUGCUUUUAAGCUUAGACUGUCUCUGAUGUUUUUGAAUGAGAGGGAUGAUGAUCCAAUUGCGUUUCGUGUCACUAGGAUAGCUCGGUAUGACGAUAAAUCUGAUAUUGACGACAUCAAAGACCAGCCUCUUAAAGAACUAUUUCGCUGUAUGGAUUACUGUGAACAGAAGACAGAUUUCUUUGGCCAUUUUCAAACUAAGGAGGCUUUUCAUUUUAUCGCUCUGGCAGUUGCCCCGAAAUACAAACAACUUGGUUACGGGACAAAGAUAGUUAACGUAGCAAUUGAUAUGAUCCGUCAUUUUGGUUUCGAUCCUGUGUAUAUUAAAGUUGAGGGUUCCUCGAAUUUUUCACAGAAAAUAUUUGAAAAGUCAGGUAUGGAAAUGUUAUUCGAGCUGUUCUUUGAUGAUUGGGAAGUUAAAGGAAGGAAAAUAAUUCAGAAUACGGGCAUUCACAAGUCUGUUAGAAUGUAUGGCAUGAAAUUGUCAACAGCAUAACCGUGUAACGAAGGUUGAUGUAAUAGCGAUACAAUGUUCUAAAACAAAGCAUAAUGCAACUAACUCCAAUGAACAUUUUGAUUUUAUUACUGGACAAUAUACAUUUACAUGCAAGGAAUCGAUAAUCUCAUUCUGAGCGCUCAUGUUC